AUUUCAUCAAGUUUAGAUUUCAGAAUUUGAUUCCCGCUUUCACUCGUCUCCAAUCUCACCUCUGAAUAAUAUUCACGUUGGUGGUGAUCUUGAGAGAUGGCUAGUGAUGAAGAAGAAACUAUAGAGCAAGCAGCAGCAGCUCGACGUGAGAGGUUAAGAGCUUUGAAAGCUGCUCAACAACUUCUUGAGAAUCCUGAGGAUGAUGGAGCUCAAGCCAAUGAUAAGCCUGAUGGUGAAAAUGGAGUUGACGAUGAAGAGAAUGAUGUUAAUGUGAAAUUCCGAAAUUAUCUUCCUCAUGAUAAGCAGCUUCAGGAGGGUAAACUUGCUCCACCACAAUUACCAAAGUUUGAAGACCCUGUUGCUAAUGAAACUCUUGUUGAAGAGAAAAAGGAGGAUCCUUUUUUGAACAUUGCACCCAAAAAACCAAACUGGGAUCUUAGAAGGGACGUACAGAAGAAACUUGAUAAGCUUGAAAAACGCACCCAGAAGGCCAUCUUGCAACUUAUGGAGCAACAAGAAAAAGAAAAGCAGUUGGCCGAAGAAGAUGGCAGAGCCGACGACCCCGAGAACUAGAAAGCAACUUCAUAUGUACGAAUCGACAACUUUAAGGUAAACUGUUGCCACUGAGCUUUAAUUUAAUUACAGUUCUAGCACUCUAGUCUUACUUCAAUAGCAAAAAACGAAAAACUAUUGAGGUUGUCUAAAGGAUUUUUGGAAGGGAACGUCUGAAGGUAAAGGGGUGUGAAAAGUUAUCGUUUUCUCUUCGAUGCAAUUUGGUCGUAUUUUACU